UUCUGCUCAUUCUUGCAGUGCAAAGAGUGCCGUCGUGGGGUGCACAAAGCGCCGCUCUUGUAUAGCAACCAGAGCACGCCAACUCAAAAUGCCAGGCUUUUGGGACACAGUGUUCCUCGUCUACGAAAUUUUGGCAAUUUAUUUAGUGGUGAGAUUCCUGGCUGCCCUAAUUUUCAGUCUAGUUGCCACCAUUUACAUCCACUGGCUGUACAAGAAGCUUUUCCAGCCAGUCAACUUAACCUCACGCUAUGGAAAGUGGGCAGUUGUGACAGGAUGCACUGAUGGAAUCGGCAAGAACUACGCCAAAGAACUCGCGGCCAGGAAAUUGAACUUGGUGCUCAUCAGUAGAAAUGCCGAGAAGCUCGGCGCGCUUGCCAAAGAAAUCGAAUCGGAAUUCGGAGUCGCCAUCGUGAAGAUUGUUGCAGAUUUUACUGGCGGACAAGAUAUUUACAAGAAAAUUGAAGAUGACAUCAAAGACCUGGAUAUUGGAGUUUUAGUUAACAAUGUGGGCAUCACCAACCCGAAGCCAAUUUACCUUGAGGAAAUGAGUGCUCGCGAGAUGUGGGACCUGGUGUUGGUGAACGUGGGCGCCUCCACGGCGAUGACACACUUGGUGCUGCCGGGGAUGAAGCGGCGCCGCCGAGGCAUUAUUGUUAACAUCUCUGCCUUCUUAGAACGCGGCCCUAUCCCCUAUUUCAGCCUCUAUGCAGCCACCAAGGCGUACAUGAAAAGCUUUUCGGACGCUCUGCGUUUUGAGUGUCAGGGCACUGGAGUAGAAGUGCAGACCCUUUCGCCCUCUUUCGUCAACACUCAGCAGUCGGCCGCGUGGGGAGUGACCAGCGACCAGGAGGGACUUUUUGUGCCAUCCCCAAGCAUUUUUGCUAAACACGCCGUGGCCACAUUGGGAAUAGCGCAGAAUACGUCUGGAUAUUGGCCUCACGAGCUACAGUACGAGUUCUUCAAAUUGGGAAAUGACUGGGUGUGGAUGUCUGGUGCAACAAAAAGAUUUCCUACCCCAAGUAGGGUUACCAUAACUGAGGUGCCAGCUGAUGAACCUGAGAAAACUGAGGAGCAGUCUGAGGAAAAAUCACACAAUGAAUGAUUGCAUUAUAAUAUAAACCCAUAGAUUCAUUUGAAAGAUAAAAUUUUUUUGUAAUAAUUUUCUAAUAAAGAAUGCAAUAAAAGCUUAAAACAAAAUAGCCUCAACUGAUUCAUAUGAUAAUAAACUUAAUCAUUUUAUCAUCUUUAUAUUUGAAAAUGUAUUGUCUUUGAAAGAUUUUUUCUAACUAUUCAAAAAGCAUAAAAUAAUACAUAUACUUUAAAUGCACGAGCUAAAAUGUUUGUA